CAUCAAUAAAUUGGCGUUUUAUCUUUUUUAUAUAAAAUUAUUUUGUGAGAGCAAUUUAUUUAUUAGUUAAAUAAACACACAUAUAAUACCGUACACACAAACAAAAUGGGCUGUGAGUUGGGUAAAUUAGCAAUGAUACAACGGGGUGGUAAUUCAAGUAAUAAAACGGAAGAGCCGCCACCACCGGCACCAACAGAUCCCCGUUUACCGUUAACGGCAAAACAAAAAUAUAGUAUGUUAGCAUCAUGGAAAGGUAUCAGUCGUGCGAUGGAACCAACAGGCGUUUAUAUGUUUAUAAAAUUAUUCGAAGAACAUAGUGAUUUAUUAAAUAUGUUUGAUAAAUUCAGAGAAUUGCGUACUAGAGAAGAGCAAGCAAAUAGUAUGGAAUUAGCUGAACAUGCGAAUACAGUAAUGACGACAUUAGAUGAAGGUAUUAAAGGUUUGGAUAAUUUGGAUGCAUUUUUUGAAUUUUUACAUCAGGUUGGAGCAUCACAUCGGAGGAUACCUGGGUUUAAAGUUGAAUACUUUUGGAGAAUUGAAAAACCAUUUUUGGAAGCUGUUUCAACAACAUUGGGUGACCGCUACACAGAAAAUGUGGAAAGUAUAUACAAAGUUACAAUAAAAUUUAUAAUUGAAACAUUAAUUAAAGGAUUUGAUAAUGCCAAUACACCGGCGAUAGAACAACAAAAUACAAGUGGGACAUCUUGAAUGAAAUAAAACGCAACCACAGCGAAAUGGUGUAUAAACAAAGAAAUUCCAAAAAAAUAUUUUAUGUACCUACGAGA